UUUUUGAUUUCACGUUUGUUCGCGAUGAAAAGUUUCCAUUCUCUGUUUCUAUCGCUUAUUUGCGCCGUCAUACGUUGUCGACAAUUGACGUCCUAUCUCGCAUAAAGAUGCAAAUGCAGCGCUUUGAUAAGACGAAGAGAUAAUUGAUAUAUGUAGAUCUGAAUAUUCGCACGUACGCUCGCACGCACACGCAUACACAAUGUUCAAAAUUGCCAAUUUCGUAGAUUUUAUAUUCUCACCUACAUGUAGUAGCGCACCAUAUUAGAAGAGUACUGUAAAGUACCGAGACAAGAUUGCAGAUUACGAAAUUAUGUAAAGAAGACAUGGAAUCAAACGAGAAUAACAGAUUGCCAAACGGUGACGUCCAGAUACACAGAGAUGUCGACUGGGCUAGAUACGGCUUGCGCGAUCCAGAAAUGCAAAGAAACGCAAAGAGAAACAACGGGGAUGAACGGAGCAACAAUGCGCUCGAUCCAGAAAUGUAUCAGGCUGGAGCGAAUGAAUUGUUUGCGCAAGAAUAUAGUUCAGAUCCUUGGUGGAAAUCAAAUUUCUUUAUCUCCCAACCUGUACUGUUUGGUACUUGGGAUGGAGUCUUUACAUCUUGUCUUAUUAAUAUAUUUGGAGUAAUUGUAUUUUUGAGGUCUGGUUGGAUGUUAAAUGCAGUAUCCAUCAUUUUUUGUACAGUGUGUAUCGCAUUAGUAACAGUAUUGUCAGCUGUAGGAAUAUGCGAACGAUGUAGAGUUGAAAGCGGCGGAGUCUAUUUUUUACUAUCGCAUGUAUUGGGCUCUAGGUUUGGCGGUUCUAUUGGAUUACUUUACUGUUUUGGACAGGCAGUGGGUUGUGCUCUAAACGUAUUAGGCUUUGGGGAAUCAAUGGCUGGCCUUGUAGCUUUAGAUUCAUCAACAUGGGCACAACGUGGUUUUGCGUGUGCAGCGGUUAUAUUAUUAUCUGUGAUUAAUGUUGCUGGUGUUAAGUGGGUUGUAAAAUUGCAGUUUAUUCUUCUCCUGAUCUUACUUCUUGCUGGAGUUGAUUUUAUGGUUGGAAGUUUCACUCAUACUAACAUUGAUUCUGGUUUCGAGGGCUGGUUAUCGGGGAAUUUAAAAAAUAACACUUUUCCGAAUUAUCAAGAUGGAUAUAAUUGGUUUACUGUGUUUGGUGUGUUCUUUCCAACAGUCACCGGUGUCUUAGCUGGAAUUAAUAUGAGCGGAGAUUUGAGGCAUCCAUCUAGCGAUAUUCCUAAUGGUACUUUAGCAGCAUUAGGAACUGGAACUUGUCUGUAUCUAUGUUUUUCAUUGACUCUUGCGGCAACUUGUGCCAGAAAUACUUUACUCACAAACUUUACAAUAGCAUCCACGGUAUCGGCAAUAUCGGUACUGCUACUCGCUGGUCUCUAUGUAUCGUCGUUUAGCAGCUGUUUGGGUGCUAUGUAUGGUACACCUCGCGUUCUUCAAUCUAUUGCCAGCCAAAAUGUUAUACCAGGAAUGAGAUGUUUGCAGAGAGGGAGGGGACCAAAUAAAGUACCUAUAUAUGCUAUGCUGGUUGUUGCUGUGGUAACGUUGACUUUCAUUAUUACCGGGCAAAUUAAUACACUUGCACCGAUCGUGACAAUGCCUUUUUUAUUGACAUACGCAUGCCUAGAUUACGCUUAUUUUGCUCUCGCGCAAACAUUUGAUCUUCGGCAUACGCGUGAACAAAGAUUUCGUACACAGUCUCCAACGUUCGACCGCAAUUAUGGUUCCGCAAGUAGAAAUAAUUCGAUAACAGAUACGGAUAAUGAUUUAGACAGCCUAUUUCCCGAAAGAAUAAGACACAAGAAUCUUGCGAGAAGCAACAGUGUUUCCGAUAAUAAUAUAUAUAUGGAUUCAUCACCGAGCAUCGAAGAUAGCGUUAGCGUUAUUAGUUCAUCGGAACGAAAAGUUUACAUACAUAAUAAAUUAGAAAAUUGGUACAGUCCUUUGUGCAAUAGAUGGUUUUCGUUAUUGGGCUGUCUUGUAAAGCUGCUUAUAAUGUUUCUCGUACAUUGGGGAUACGCUAUUGUUAAUAUCAUCGUGGUAUUUCUUGUCUGGAGUUAUGUCGGUCACGCCAAUCCUGCUGUUAAACCUGGAAUUUCUGCAGAAUUUCAAUUUUUCAAAUGGCUUCGAACUGCAUUACUUAGACUCGUGGGGAGAAAAGUUUAUGAUUAUGAACAAAUUGUAGUAACACCAGUGCAUCCAGGUGUUGAAACAUGCUCGGCUCAACUAAACGAAGAGAACGAAGAUUUUUCUGGAAGAAGAAGAUAUCAUCAAACUGCUACUGUCACAGGUCAAUAUGUUAAUGUCGAUUAGAUGUAUAAAAUUAUCUAUUCGAAAUCAUGAGUUAUGCAAAAUUCAUACAUUAGAAUUCGUAUAUUAUUUUAGUAUUUGUUUAAUACGUUUAGUAUAUUUGUAAAAUAUAUAACAUUAUCAUUGGUGCAAAAGCAAAUUGCAAAUACAUAUAUGCCUAGUAUGUAAUAUAAUACUUCAAGACUUGAUAAGGAGCAGCUUGCAGCAAUCUUAUUUUAUAAGUAACCACAAUUUUUUACCUCAUUUUACAAUAUUAUCAAUCGCACAAAUGGCUAAUAUAAUAAUUAAAUUUAUUUAAUGUGCAUAUACAUACACAUUUAAAAAAAUUCAAUAUAAUUGUAGCUUUCAGAGUAUUUUAACAAUCAAUGGGAUAUAGUGGAUUAAAUACAAAAUUGAUUGUAUGAAAUAUGUACAAAGAAUUGAUGCUAGUUAAUAAUAGUAUUAGACUUUUAUAAUGCAUUUACUUGUCACGAAUGCCGUAUACGCAGUUAAAAUAAUCUACUAAAUUUUUUUUUUAAUCCUGCAAUGUCAUUCAGCUUGAUAGACAACUAACAAAAAGAAAAUCAUUUUGGCUGAUAAAUUUCUGCCAAAAAAAGAAUACUCUCAUAUUUGUGAUAUAAGAAUAUUCUUUUAUAACAUUGAGCUUUUUUACAAUCGCUUAAAUAAUCAAGCAAUAAUGACAAUACGGCAAUUGCGUGAAAAUAUGAAAAUACUCUAUAAAUACUUGAUAAUAUAUAUAUUUAUACAUUAUUUAACACUUUUAUAUUCUCGAACAAAAGCACAAACGAACAAACAAAUUUGUGUAACCACAAUAUAUAUACAUGUAUGUACGAAAGAGAGAGUUCUAGUGUGAAUUGACAAUUUUCCAUAUUUAUUUUUUGUGGAUUAUUUUUAU